UUCCCAACGGAAAUAAGAGAGCGCCCUGCGGUGAUUUGUUUUUAGCUUAGCAGUGUCACACGAGUACAAAUUGUAGGCGACGAAAAACAAUAAGUUUUUGCUUUCUCAGAAAAUUACUAUUCUUUAAGCAUUCUCGCAAACGUCCAGCCCACCGCAACUUCAAACGUCUACAAGAGCGGCGCCUGCCCAAUAUUCAGUCCAACACCACCAGUCUGACGUGCUGUCAUGCCGGUGCACCGUGACCGGGACAAGAAGGAGAGUACAGCUGAGGAGAUGGAGGUGGAGGAUCAGGAGCAAGAUGCUUCCACCUCAGAGGAGGAGGAUUCGGACACGUCCUCUGUGUCUGAGGACGGGGACAGCUCUGAAAUGGACGAGGAAGACUGCGAACGGAGGAGGAUGGAGUGUUUGGAUGAAAUGUGCAACCUGGAGAAACAGUUCACCGAUCUCAAAGACCAGCUGUAUCGCGAGCGUCUCAGUCAGGUGAAAAGCAAGCUGGCGGAGGUGGAGGCUGGCCGGGCAGCGGAGUAUCUGGAGCCUCUGGCGGUUCUGCUGGAGAACAUGCAAGUCCGCACCAAGGUGGCAGGUAUCUACAAAGAGUUAUGUCUGGAGUCUGUGAAGAACAAGUAUGACUGUGAGAUCCAGGCAGCGUGCCAACACUGGGAGAGUGAGAAGCUGCUGCUGUUUGAUACGGUGCAGAGUGAACUGGAGGAGAAAAUCCGAAGACUGGAGGAGGACAGGCACAGCAUAGAUAUCACAUCAGAGCUGUGGAAUGAUGAGUUGUCGGGGAAGAAGAAGAGGCGAGAUGCUUUAAGUCCAGAUAAGAAGAGGAGACGACCUUCGGUGGUGUCUGGUCCAUAUAUUGUCUAUAUGCUUCCUGACCUGGACAUCCUGGAGGACUGGACAGCCAUCCGGAAGGCUGUGGCUACGCUGGGUCCCCACAGAGCAAGGGUGGACUCGGACAGCAGCGUCUUCCCAUUCCGACCAGACAGGAACAGGCCCAUCCUCAACUGCUGAGACGCACACGUUGCAGCCACACACGACAAAACACACAAGGACUUUAAGCGCCCGCACAGUGCAUCUCGCACACCCGUUCACUUCUACAAGCAGAAAACCGCACACAUCUUCCACAAGCCCUUGACACACUGCUCAGAUAAAUGUGACACAACUCUUCCCGUUGGUGACGCGGGUCGGUAAGAAGCCUCUCGUGCAACAAGGCCUCAGCGGGUUCCAACCCAUUGGAAGGAAAAACAGGAAAGGAAGCAUUAUUGAUUCUCACUGAUGUUCGUUUCAGUUCAGGCUCAGACAAAGCAGGUUUAUACAAGUUUGAUAAUGAAACCCAUUUGUCGCAGUAUUCAGCACCUUUCAUUUCAGCUUUGUCAUGCUAACAAAAGCUAGAUUAGGUAGAUUUUCUUAGCAGGGAGUGAAAUUCCGUUGAUGCAGCAUUUGAAGCAUCACUGAACAACAGAAAUAAUGUUUAUUUAGAGCGACGUUUUAGUGCAUAGAUGUGCAAAAAAAGUUUUUUUUUUGCAUUUUUUUUUUUUUUUUUUAAAGUACAAUUUGAACAUGACUCUGGUAUGUGCAUGUUCUGGAUCAUUUCAGUGUCUGUUCCACCUCUAAGCAGGUGUAGGCCUUCAAAAUAAGUGAACUUUGAAAUAAUCACACGCAAAUACUUUUCAGUCCUUGUUUACAUUUUCAACACAUCCAUACACGUACAUCAAAAAACGUGUUUCCAUUCAGUGAACUGGAAACUUUUAGUCUCAGGAACUUUUAUUUUUGAGGAACUUUAAGGUUCAGUCUGACAUUUUUUUUUAUUUUUUUAUUUUUUUAUUUUACAAGCUACUGCUGAAAUUGAGCUCAAGAUUAAUGCAAGUUCUCAACCAGUCAGAAAUAUUCAGCACCACGCAUACAAAGUUCCUGGUCCAGCUGGAACUUUUGUGAAGGUAAAAUAACCCUGGUCCAUGCUGUGGAAGUCUGUGGGGAAAUGUCCUGAAAGUCCUUUGUUCUGUUUUUCAGACCUUAAAAGGACCUUAAAAGUUUUUUUCAAACAAUCCAGUUCACAUUCAGUGUCAUUGUCUGAGGUUUUCGUAGCACCAUAUCGAUCAGUUGUUUAAAAAAAGCCUUAAACGUGCCGAAAGGGAUCUGUCACAAGGUUUUCCAGCAUAGACCGUGAUUCUGUGCUUAUUGAAAAGAUCAUAGAGAUGGGAUUAAUUUGACAGUCGGCUUUUUCUGUCUUUAGGGUUACUGAUCUGCCUUCCAGUGACUCGAGAGAGUAACACUUGUUUAGCUACAAAAUCAGUCCAUUGUGCCACAAAAUAAUUUGGAUUUCUCUACUUUUUAUGUGGAUAUGAUUAAAUACAAGACGAUUUUUUUUUUGGUUGAUGUUUUGAAUAGUUAGGUGGUAAGUGUAAGACAUUUUGUACAGUUUUCUAUUUCUCUGGAGAGCACUCAGUAGAGGGAAAAAUAUAUUUCACAACUGCAUACACGGCUGGUUGGACGUAUCAGUCAAUGCAUUCAGAAAGGAGUCGUCUUAAAGACUUAGUUUAGAACAAUCAGUGAACUUCCUUGUACAGUAACUAUCCUGUUCCAUAACACUCACAGUAUUCAUGGAUGUCUGGGCACUUUUAUAUUUUCAUACGGUUCUUCGUUUCCGUCUGCAUAGCUGGUCAUUUUAGAGGCCUCUCUUUGCUUCGUUAUCACGUCUGUAAACCAGUCUCAAUAAUGCAAUGACAGUCACAUGUUUAAUAAAAUCAUUUAGUUUUUACUGAGGCCUGAAUUUAAUGAGAGUCGCAUCCAAAGGUAUCCCCUUAAAAUGUUAUUCAACAGGUAUCGUUACGUUCUGUGAUUUAUAUCUACCUCUUCUCUCUCUUCCACAAGUUCAGCGUCACUCGUCGACACGUAAAUGCUGCCGUCUUUACGAUGGCCGACUCAAAAACAGUUCAUGUGCUGGUUUGUACGGCUGUUCAGAUUUGUUGGGAUCUUUCUAACUACAGUGUUCAUUACCUCUUUGUAUUCAUGGGGAAAAGAACCAAACCCCAUCCUUACCAUCAUACCAUGCCAUUUAUUUCUACGCAUAUAACCCAUUGUUCAUAAAGAGUGGCCAAUUUGAAUGUUUUGUUUUGUUUAUUAUUAUUUUAAAGAUGGGGGCUAGUAUCUUCUGACCUGUUGUGUUCAGUAAUGUGUCAGGUACUUUUGGUCUUUUUCUUGUUAAUUACAUGUAUGGAUUUUACAAUUAAACUUGUUUUCUAUGA